GUCGGCAAGCAGGUAUGUUUAGUGCCAACAUCUGUGCUGUCCACGAAAGCAGUAAGGUUUUAUUUAUUGAUGUCUUUCAUAAUAAUUACCUCAACGCAAAUACAAUAAUGAAAGUCUUCAUUUUCUUAGUCCUACUGGCUAUCACCACAUCUUUCGAUGCUGCCAUUAUCCAAGAAGCAGGAGGAAUUGAAGGCGAGACGUUAAACCAUGGGCUUGAACCAAUCGCAAUGAAGAAAGCGGGACAGACAAUGAAGUCUCUGGGCAAGAUCCUGCAGGGUGAUCUGUCAUCAAGUACGAUAGAAGAAAGGGAAAAACUUUUCAGCGACAUCAAAACCCUGAUGCUGGCUGGAAAGCCGGAGGAGGGCACAGAGGAAUACUUCAUAAUGCUUGUUGUGAAAGCCAUUGCCAUUGGAGCACUGACAGGCGGACUCUCAGCUGGUGUGAAGCAUCUCGUUGAGCGGAAUCAAAAGAAACGUGAAGGUUAAUAAAAUGAACUGUUUUCAUACAAUA